AAUUCUUCUCAACAUGAGCACAUGGGUUUGCUAACCAUGUGAAUGCCAAUUCGUUAGCUCUCUCCGUAUAAAAAGUCGGGAAAGGCAGAUGCUUUCUGCACAACCAGAAAUAUCACUGCAACUCAACAAAAAGCAAAUUCGCUCUUCCGUUGAGAAUUACUUGCAGUUGAGCAUAAUGAUAAGCACAAAGAAGCUGAUUCAAAUGGCAAGGAAGUGGCAGAAGAUGGCCGCCAAUGGAAGAAGAAAAAGAAUUCCGUUUCAGCGGACGAGCAGCAAGUCAGCUUCAGCAAAUGCAAAUAGAUCAUCCUUUGCGCAGAAGGGUCACUUCGUUGUCUAUACAACAGAUGAGAGACGCUUCGUGAUCCCUCUCUCAUUUCUGAGCAACGACAUAGUGAAGGGGCUCUUCAGGGCAUCGGAAGAAGUGUUUGGGAUCCCAUGUGAUGGUCCGAUCAUGCUUCCAGUUGAUGCACCAUCUAUGGAGUACACGCUUUCAUUGAUUAGAAGAGGCUUGGCUAAGGACCAAGAGAAUGCUUUGCUUAUGGCGUUCAGCAGACUAAGCUGCUCAUCAUCGUUAGCUUUCAAUCAAGCAUUAGAAAACCCAGAAAUGCUUGUUUGUUACUGACAGAUAUAACACACAUACCAGUGCUUAGUAGAUGAAUGGAAGUAGUUUU